AUGAAUAGAUAUUUUUCAAGACGUAAAGUGAAACUAAGAAGGAAGUCUUCAAAUAUUCAAAUAUAUUACGAUCGUCAAUUUCCAUUAGAAGACAUUGUUAAUGUUUUUUAUCCUCUUUUUCAUGCUGAUUAUUCAUAUGAUAGUCUACUUGAUCUGAUUAACACCGCUGACCAUAUCUUCUGUGCAUAUGAUGAAACCCAACGUCGUUGUGUUGGUUGUGCAUUAAUUAAAAGUACUCCUCGGACAAGUGGUCUUUAUAUAUCAUUAUUCGGUGUAGACCAAUCAAGUCAACAGCGUGGUAUAGGUACAAGAUUAUUAAAAAAAAUUAUACACUGGGCAUAUCGAACAUAUCAUAAUUUUAUUUAUUUACAUGUACAUGUAAUGAAUUAUAAAGCCAUUGGUUUAUAUGAAAAAGUUGGUUUUCAAGCAGAUGACUAUGUGUCUGAUUUCUAUUAUGCAACAUCAAAACAACAACCUGAUGCAUAUCGAAUGGUUUUAUAUUUACAAUAA